AUGACGCUCAGGCACACGCUAGCUGACCCGAGCAGGAGAGAGCCGCAAAACGAAGAGGAGCUGGAUCGGGCGGAACCAAAGCUGACGCGGGUGAAGUCGAUGGACGGGCGAUUAGAAUCCACAGCCUCCGACGACGGCUCACCCCCGCCACGCUUACGCAAAAACGUCAGCUUCGGAGACCUCUCAAUCACCCGCAUCCCCUCGGCUUCGGAUCUGACCGCGACUGAGAAGAAGGCCGCCUUCUUCCAGCGCUCGGAUUACCGCUCGUUUGGCGUGGCGGAGAGCAAACUGCGCCGCAAGCUCGGGAUCAGCAUGCAGGGGAUCCCUUCCAAGGCCGAGGAGAAGCGGGUGACGGAUCAUCUCUGCUCCGAGGAGGAGCAAGAGAGGUGCCUGGUGUCCUGA